UCAUUCAACACGCACCGGUCUUCCGGAGCGGCAUUCAUACGAAGGCCGAUUACCUAACUAGGUAAGGUAGGUAGAGAAGUGGCAUGGAUGGGAAAACACAAUACAACUUAUGCUACUUCACUGCAAACGAAUAUCAAUUCACUUUUGUCGAUCAAUACCAUAGCUUAUCUUGAGCUCGCAUAUCUAGGUAGGUACACGAAGGGAAAGUGAUCCCAAUUGUGUGCCUCGAUUUGAAGGCCUGUUUUAGUUCUAGACCGAAACUCGUCCAAACAAUUGCAACAUGAACUACGACUGGAUUCUGGACGGCGGCUACCUGCCGCACGCGGUGAUCCGCGUCGGCAUCAGGCGUCAGCUGGCGGCGCGCAUCGCCAUGUCGACUAGCACUUCGCUUGAGGCCGACUACGAGCGCAAGAUGCGCUACAUUGAGCUGCUGCGGACACGGCCCAUCGCCGUGGAGACGGCGGCGGCCAACUCACAGCACUACGAGGUCGGCACCGGCGUGCUGGCCGCCUGCCUGGGCCCGCGGAUGAAGUACUCGGCCUGCCUGUACCCAAAGGGCGGCGAAACCCUCGCGCAGGCAGAGGUCGCCAUGCUGAGGACGUACCUCGAAAAGGCUCAGCUCGAGGACGGCAUGGACAUACUCGACCUCGGGUGCGGCUGGGGCUCUGGGGCGCUCUUCUUCGCCGAGAUGCUGCCCGGCGCGAGGAUCACGGCCUUUUCCAACUCGAGGACCCAGAAGGAGUAUAUCGACUCCAAGGCACAGGAGAAAGGUCUGAUCAACUUGAAAGUCAUCACGGGCAAUAUUGCCGAUUAUGAGUUUGAACACAACACUUUUGACCGGGUCGUGUCCAUCGAGAUGUUUGAGCACAUGAAGAACUAUGAGUUGCUGAUGGCCAAGGUCUCUCGAGCCCUUAGGCCUGGCGGGAAGCUAUUUGUCCACAUUUUUGCACACAAGGACAGCCCCUAUGACUUCGAAGAGGGGUGGAUGUCCACGCACUUCUUUACUGGCGGUACCAUGCCAUCGACCGAUUUGCUUCUUUAUUUCCAGCGCGAGAUGAAGAUUGAAAAACAGUGGUGGGUCAAUGGCAAGCACUAUUCGAAGACCUGCGAGGACUGGCUGGCCAAAAUGAUCAAGAACAAGAAGGAGAUAUGGCCUCAUCUCGUGGAAACGUACGGAGAGGCAGAUGCCGCGACUUGGUAUAACCGGUGGCAGAUCUUCUACAUGGCGUGCUCAGAGCUGUUCAACUAUGAGAACGGAGACACUUGGGGAGUGGCGCACUACCUCUUUGAGAAUGCGAAGCCUGCAGAGGCUAAGAAGGCGGCAGACCAGUAGUGAUAGCAUGACACCAAGGUCGAGCACUGCCGGGUUGAAAAGCAUGGAAAAUGCAAAGGAAACUGGAUUCGAUCUGCCCUUGAGCGGACAACCUCUCUAUACAUGUGUGCAACGUCGUCUGUUCCGUGCCAUAUCUCGCCUGACCUAGUAACCUCCCUGUGCAACCUUGUCGCGGAACAAUCGAUGCUGUAAUGCUAGGGUGCUUUUCCUCUAUGCCUUCCCAUCUAGUGAUCCCAAGGGUGCUUCCAGCCCAACAAUACAGGACCUGUUGAAUGCAAGUCAGUACCAAAACUACCAUGAAAAGGUUCGACCAGGCCAAAAUUGACUGCGAGGAAGUUGAAAAAUCCGAGGGGCAAUUACCAUCCUUCUUUGCCCUGUACA